AUGCAGGCCCGUCUGUUUGCCCGCUCAACGGGUGAGCUCAGCCCAGACGCAUUCACCCGAGCCACAACAUCGGACCUCGUCCGGUCAUUCGCCGCGGCUCCCCACCACCGAUUUGAUGGUGAGGGUGCCGAGCCGGAGGUGGAAGGCCGCCAUACAUCCAUCUGGGCCCACCGAAUCGGUGUCAAUGCUUUGGCUCUGGACAAGUUUGAUGGCCGCCUCCUUCUUUCCGGUGGUGCAGAUGGCUCCGUGAAACUUUGGGAUCUUCAUCAAGAGGGAAAUGCCCGUGAAUCUCAUGUCUUCCGACCCAUCGCCAAUGUUGCCCGCUCCGUGGGGGACGAGGCCAACGCCCAUAAGCACGGCAUCACCCAUCUUGACUUUUACCCCUUUGACUCCGAGGCCUUUCUCUCCAGCUCAUUCGAUCGUUCACUCAAACUAUGGUCUACUCAGCGGAUGGUUGUGUCGGCCAACUUCGACCUGAACGCGAACAUAUACACUCAUGCAACCAGUCCUAUCGCCAAUCACCUCUUGGUCGCCUGUGCAACCCAGCAUUCAUCUGUUCGCCUGGUAGACCUCAAAUCAGGAUCUUCCAUUCAAUCUCUUGUCGCUCACGGAGGUGCCGUCCUCUCGGCAGCUUGGAGCCCUCGCCACGAACAUACACUUGCCACUGGUCACGUUGACGGAAAGGUUCGCGUGUGGGACAUUCGGCGCGCCUCUGGCUUGGUCAGCCAGCUCGACCAAGAAGAUAGUCUCGGUGUAAUACAUCGCUUCGACCAUGCCAUGGCAUCUGGGCUUGAUUGGAACCGCACUCCCCAUUUCCGCAGCUCAGCUCGAGCGCACAACGAGGGCGUCAACGGCUUGACUUGGACCGACGACGGCAAGUACAUCAUAUCAGCCGGCCUCGAUCGUCGGAUUCGCGUAUGGGACGCGGCUACUGGCGCAAACACGCUAGCUAGUUUCGGUUCCGUCGUACAGAAUAGGCAGCCCAAGACCGUGAGCCUGUUUGUUACGCCCGCCCGGCUGACUCCGGCACGUCGAGACCUCCUAUUCUACCCGAACGAGCAAGAGAUACUGGUUAUGGACCUGCACGAAGGCACUUUGGUAUCGCGCUUACGUGUGCCGGGGCCCUCAGGGGUGGCUGGAAGUCAGGGCAGUAGCGGCCUGAAUGUGAAGAAUCGAACCAUGAGCAUGGUAUGGCGUGGCAGCGGUGGCCACGGGCUUCCAAAGGGCCCUGUGAUGGGUGGUGGAAGUUCCUUCGGUGCAACUUACACCGCUCACUUGGACGGCCAGAUACGUUCAUGGAUGCCUCGGCUACCUGGGGCUGAAGACGACGAUGCAGCCCCUGACCCCAAGAUGCAGACGAAGAAGAAAAGACACGUAAGCGCAAGGCCCUCGAUGACGCCUUCAGGAGCUUGA